AGCAGUUGUAGUGUACUAGGUAUUCGGACUGUGAAAAUUAUUCAAUUUUCCCACAAUGCCAGAAUUCUUAGCAGAGAAUAAUCUCUGCGGACAAACUAUUCUUAAUUUAGUUUCCGGAGGAAAUGCAAUAAUAGCAGAACUACUUCGUCUCAAGGAUUUUAUCCCAAAACUUUACAUAACUGAAUCCAAGGCAGAAAUACUAAAAUAUCAGGAUAUUAUCUCAGAUUUUUCUUACUUUGACGUUACUGAAGCACAGGAAGCUAAAAUACGAAACAACGAGAUCUUGCGUGAUUUGGACGAAGAAUUUAGGGAUAAUCACAUUGAUAUCAUUACCCGUUUUUAUGAGCUCUUUGAAAGCAUUCAUUCCUUUGUUAAUGACUUGAAUCAGUUUCUGGAAGAUUUGGAGGAAGGUAUUUAUAUUCACCAAACUUUAGAAACAAUUUUUGCUGAUAUCGAAGGUAAACAGUUAUUGUGUGAAUCUUUGUUUUUAUAUGGGUUGAUGUUACUAUUUGUUGAUACACACAUUAAAGGGAUUGUAAGGGAAAAAUUGUUAGUAUCAUAUUAUCGCUACACGCCACAGAGCAGCAAUGCUCGUAGUAAUAUAGAUGAUGUGUGUAAGCUUUUUCGUGAUACAGGUAUCCAUACCAGAAAAGUGACUAACUAUCCAGAAGAUUAUUUCAGGAGAAUCAAAAUAAAUUCAACAUAUGUAGAUAUGGUUCUUGGCCAUUUAAGGACAGAUGAUGUUUAUGGACAAUUACAAUUAUAUCCGCUUCCUAAACAUCGUAGUACUGCUUUGAGCAGUCAAGCGGCUAUGCUUUAUGUGUGCUUAUAUUUUUCACCCGAUAUUCUACAUUCUCAUACUGCAGUUAUGAGAGAAAUAGUCGACAAAUAUUUUCCAGAUAAUUGGAAUAUUUCUAUUUAUAUGGGCUAUGUUGUUGAUUUAAUAGAAUCUUGGGAUGCUUUCAAAGCUGCUAAAAUGGCCUUAAACAACACCUUGGAAACAGUAAAUGUGAAGAAUGUCUGUAAGGAUUAUGCCACAAAUACUUCAGUGGUUUUAAGAAAAUGCAUGAAAAUGUUAACAGAGGGUAAUAUAACAAAGGAGGUUAUUCUAAAAGACAUGAAUCAUAUAAUAACUUUGUUACGUGAAUGCAAUGUAAUACUGAGAUGGCUUAUGCUACAUACUUAUACUAAACCUGGAAAAAUUGAGAAAAAUAAGCGUUCUAAACAAAUUAGGGAGAUGAUCACAUCUGAAACAAAGUAUGAUCAGGUUCAAACCUUCAGAUUGUUGUUGAAUACUGCUCAGUUAGAAUUAACUGUGAAAGAAUUAUUCAAGAAUAUCUUGAGUGAGAAAGAAAAGCAGUGGAACAAAUUGAAGAAUGACAGUUUCAAAGAUGUUGUAGAGUUAUCUGAAGCUUUCAGUGGAAGUAAACCCUUGAGUCGAAUAACCAAAAAUAAAAAUUUGGAAAAAUGGUUUUUGGAAAUUUCCAAACAGAUCGAUUCUCUGGUACUCGACGAUACAAAUUCUUCGAGAAAAAUUGUUCAGUUGAUUCAGGCCUUAGAAGAAGUUCAAACGUUUCACCAGCUGGAGUCAAACAUGCAAGUUAUUCAAAUUUUAGGCGAGAUCAAGCUGAGCCUAAAUCAAAUGAUCCAAACAAUGAGCAUCAAAGAGGAUAAUCUGAUAACCAUUCAAGUUUUGGGAGACAUAAGUUUCGCGUGGGAAUUAAUUGAUUCUUACACUCCUAUAAUGCAGCUUGGAAUCAAAAAGGAACCAACAGUGGUUAACAAAUUGAGAGCGAUUUUCUUAAAGUUAGCUUCUGCUAUGGAAAUACCAUUAUUGAGGAUAAAUCAGGCCCAUAGCAAAGACUUAAUCUCUGUUUCUGAAUAUUAUAGUGGAGAACUUGAAAUAUAUGUGAGGAAAGUCUUACAAAUAAUUCCUAUGAUGAUGUUUGGGAAGAUGUCUAGGAUAAUUGAAAUGCAGACAAAAGUUUUAAAGGAAUUACCCACAAGAUUAGAAAAAGAUAAAUUGAAGGAAUAUGCCCAAUUGGAUGAGAGAUUUGAAUAUGCUGAGCUAACACAUUCAAUUUCAGUAUUUAGCCAAGGUAUGAGAAUGAUGAAAAAAACGUUGGUUGGUGUAGUUUUCCUAGAUCCGAAAAAAAUAUUAGAGGAUGGCAUAAGAAAUGAAUUAGUUCAGCGUAUCUCCAAAGCACUACAUGAAGUGUUGAUUUUCAGUUCAAAAUCUAAAACAGAAUUAGAACAAAAAUUGAACACUUUAGGGAAUAUAAUGGAAGGGUACAAAAAGUCAUUCGAGUAUAUUCAGGACUAUAUAAACAUUAAUGGUUUGAAGAUAUGGCAGGAAGAAAUAACUAGAAUCAUAAAUUAUAAUGUGGAACAAGAAUGUAACAGAUUUUUACGAUCGAAAGUUCAUGCUUGGGAUAGCCAAUAUCAGAGUAGAAUAAUUCCUAUACCCUUCUAUCUUCAAACUGAUUCGAUCAGUGAGAAUUUCAUUGGGAGAUUGGCGAGAGAAAUGAUUAGACUAACGGACCCAAGAAAUAGUGUGUAUCUUGAUCAAUCUACUGCUUGGUAUGAGACGAAGAGCCAUAAACCAAUAUUGAACAGACAAAUCUUUGGUUUACUCACAAAAGCAAUCGAGAUCUCUGGAGUGGUAGGAUUAGAUAGACUCUUUUCUUUUAUGAUUAUUACAAAUCUACAGAAGACAAUAGGCUACUUGCAGAACAAGCACGAAAAGCAACCUACUUGGUACUCUAUAAUUUCUACUGUGCAAAAAGAUAUCAAAUCUGCUGGGGAAGUUUCGAAUCCUCCAAAAUUCUAUCAAAACUGUGUCAAUCGAACGGCAAGGCUGUGGCCUGAAUUUCUGGAUUGCAUCCUAAUUAUAGGUCAGUUGCAGUUAUUGAGGCAACUGAUAGCAUUUCAUCUCAAUCUCUUAGCUAAAUUCAAUGCUAGGAAUUUGGAAGCAGCACUUCAAUCUCUCAGCAAAGCACUUUUAUGGGACAUCAAAUAUAGUAAAGAUUGGACUCCAGAUGAAAAACUUCUUCAGAAUUUAUCUCAUUAUUUUGAUUACGCUGGAAUCAACAAUCCCUUUAAUAAAAUAUAUGUUACUUCUUCUUCUCAUCUGGAUUAUACCAUUACAAUAUUUGUGUUCUUCAUGGCGCAUAAUAUGAAAUUAUUCCAUCCUGGUGUGAUAGGUAAUCUUGGUAAGAGAGCAUCUGAUCAGUUGGAUGGUUAUUGUUUUUGUCUCGGCAUCCACACAGUCUUGAAACAGGCUCACAAUUCCUUGAAUGAUAAUUUCAUCAAAUUAAUAUCCAAGUACACCAUGGAUAUGCUGUCGCAUCAUAAAAGAUCAAAAAAUCCUGAUUUAUGUCUGGAAGCUAUCAGUGCUAUGAAUUUCCUUCAAACUUAUUCGAAAUUCAGUGAAGCAUCUGCUAAAUCGUUUAGGACUCAUCUUCCUGAAGAGAUUAUGCAUUUGGAACUCACUCCUGCCUUGUUGAAUAUUUAGUUUAUUCGAAAAUUGUAACUUUAUGAAUAAUGUUAUAUAUGAAUUUAUAUAUUUUAUAUUGUACAGGUAUAUUUAAUAAGUAUUAAAAUUUAUCCAUUCCCC